GGGCGGGACUUCCGCCUGAGCGGACCCGGAAGAUUCGGAUGCAAGUUUCCUCAUAUGUGCAUCCAUAUGUAUUCUACAUUUUACGCUGAUCUAUAAUAGUAAACACAUUAAAAAUGUUAUCGUUAGAUUUCCUUGACGAUGUGCGGCGCAUGAAUAAGCGGCAGCUGUAUUACCAGGUUUUGAACUUUGGUAUGAUCGUGUCGUCCGCUUUGAUGAUCUGGAAAGGACUGAUGGUCGUCACCGGAAGUGAGAGUCCCAUCGUAGUCGUUCUCAGUGGCAGCAUGGAGCCUGCGUUCCACAGAGGAGACCUGCUGUUCCUCACCAACCGGGUGGAGGACCCCAUCCGGGUCGGGGAGAUCGUCGUCUUCAGGAUAGAGGGCCGCGAGAUCCCCAUAGUACACAGAGUACUGAAGAUUCAUGAAAAGGACAACGGCGACAUCAAAUUCCUGACCAAGGGGGACAACAACGCGGUGGAUGACCGAGGUCUGUACAAGCAGGGCCAGCACUGGCUGGAGAAGAAGGACGUAGUGGGCAGAGCCAGAGGGUUUGUGCCGUAUAUUGGAAUCGUUACCAUUUUAAUGAACGACUACCCCAAAUUUAAGUAUGCUGUUCUCUUCAUGCUGGGGCUCUUUGUAUUGGUCCACCGGGAAUGAACAGGGUUACAAGGAAGACAUGUCCUGAGGAUGGGAGGCUGCGAGUAAGAAAGGUCUCUGUCGAACACGAUGCGGAUCCAGCUUUGUCCAAGAAAAAUGUCAACCAUUGCCUGUCAAAAACAACUUCUGUUUAGUUUCAUUUUUUUUUUUUUUUCAAUCCGACCGGCUUUUGUACUAUUUUGAUUGGCCACAUUUUCUAGAAAUGGGGCUAUAAGGCGUCAAUGUGUGUAUAAGCUUUACACUUGUCUGUUUUGUGAGGGGGACUAGACUUAAGGUUCAUUUCACAUUACAAUUUUAUUUGUCAUGUUCCCCAGAAAAUGUCAGCAUUCUUCUUAUUUUGUGUCUUUUCAUGUUGAUUCAUUGUCCGAUGAAAUUAUGUGAAGUAUCUAAAGACACAUUAUGAGUUUGAUAUUAAAUUUAAAUCUGUUGCCCUCAA